CUGUCUCUCAAUUGUCCCUCCAUAUCUUCAUGCAUCGCAGUAUUAGACAUCCAGCGAGCCUUUCCCCGUCCUUCCCCAGACUCUUUUUACCCUGACCAUGGGCACCGGUCUCCGCCAAACUGACCUCCGGUCCAAGGCAGUCUCCCCAGAUCGAUGGAUAGAUCCCGGCUUGCUUUUUCGAAGGGACUCUGAAUCAUCUGUUUCGUCUUCCUAUCACUCGACUCCGACAAACGGCAGCUCUCAAAUUAGAGCAACCAUCCUCGAAUCCAUGAACCUGCCUCUUACACCAUAUCCCGACAGCAACACCGCUUCUUCUUUACUCUCCCCGCUUCCUGAAGUUCCAGACACGCCCAGUUCGACUUUAGGGCAGUUUGGCGAUAUUCCCAAAAACCGCAACCCCUCAGCUGCAGAAUUGGUCCAAAAGGUCCACAAGUCAUGGAGAAGCCAGUCCCGCGAAGGCCACGGUCGGACCCAAGAAAGCCAUAGCCGAACUCGGUCUGGCCGCCACCAUUCCCAGUCCCGGUCCAGGAGCGAACAACGCAAUGGCCGCGACAUACAGGAGAGUCGCGAGGCUUUGGAAAGUCGCCAGCGUAGCUUGAGUAGAAGCACUGCAAAAGCGUCUAUCGACGAUCGCGAUACCAGCCUAAGCCGGGGUAGCAACCACGCCUCGACAAAGGAUCGACAGAGAGAAAGGGAGAUGGAGAGGGAAAGGGAGAGAGACACAGACAGGUCGCAAACAUCAUCUCACCGCAGAGCAGCUAGCUCGAAGGAACUUCGACUCUUGGCCCAUGAAAGAAGUUACGACAAUGACCGCGAAAUUGCGGCCACCAAGGUCAGCAUGUAUCUGCAAUCUCUGGCAGCCCAGACACCACAGCCUAUGCCAUCACCUCCCCAGUCUAAUGCGUCACAAACCCCACAACCCCAAUCAUCACACACUCCGAAGCUUCAGUCAUCUCAAACACCAAAGCCUGCGGCUCCACCGGUACAACAGAUACCCGCCCGUGCAGCAGCAGAUACCCCAAUACCCUCCAUGUCAGCGAUGUCAUUCACAUCCGAAGCCGAUAAAGAGCUUCUGCAGGAGAACCGGGGGUUGUAUCAGAGAGUAGCUGCUCUUCAACGCACCGAAAGGGAUCUUUUGGCCGAAAACCAAGAGCUGGUACGUCAACUGGCAAUGUUUAAGAAACAUCACGAGACACGUCACCAGCAGUGGAAGGAUGAGUAUCAAAAGAUCAAGGAGCGAGAAAAGAUUCUUCAGGUUGAAGCUCAGCAGCUCAAAGCGAGAAUCAUGCGGCAGGAGGAGCAAAUACUCGAUCUUGCAGUCGCCAACGCCCAGUUUGAGAAUCCUGCACCCAGCCUAUCUGAUAAGCAGAUCACCUCGUGGUUUGCCGAGCGCGAUGCGUCCUGGUUCUUAUGGGCGCAACACUUUGCCUCUCAGGAUCCCAAUCGACUCUCGAGUGGGCUCCAUCCACUCCAGCUUCAUGAGGUGUGCCACGGGAUCAAAAGCUUUGUCAAGCUCACCGAUGAUUCCAAACUUCCAGCUGAGCUGCUAGUCAAAGGCACUGACAUGAUACAAGCCGUGCUGCACGGAAUGCUGGUUAACUUCAUUUGCACUGAGACACUCUCCUCUCCCUUCUGGAUCUUCAACGCCAUAUCUGCUGGAUCUCCCGAAAGUCCCUUUGUGGCUCCGGCUACGGCAAUCUCUCCUGGGGGUUUCCGUCUCGAUCUCGCCAUGCAGAACGCCAUUCCUCCUCGUACCUACGCCCCUGCUCCUACACUAGCACCAAACAGAGAUCCCCGCUUCCCGCCGCCAUUGAUAACGACGAACCUGCAACCUGGUGGUUUGUUGAGCGCUUCAAGUUUGGCUUAUCCGAUGAAGGACGAGAUGGAGAACAUGUUUCAUAUGCUCACAAAGGCCCAGACAGGAGAAUCCGGAAUUACUUCUGUCCAGCUCAGAGAAGCCCAGUUGGUACAGUUGUUCGCAGAUUCUGGCAUGAGCAUAAAGAACCCCCAGGAUGCGGGAGGUGUCGAGGCCAAGCGUAUGCUUGUUGAAUCUAGGCUCAACUAUGCGCGAAGGCUCAAAGAGCGAUUCCUCAGCGGUCCCGCGCGGUUCUUGCUCCACGAUCAAGAUCCCGCCGGGAUAGCAAAUCUCGAACGCACCUUGACCGAGUACAUCGACGACGCUCUCAUCUUCUCAUGCCAACUGUGGUCCCGCCCUGGCCCCAUCCGAUUCCAUGGCUUCACGGCACUCGGGGGAAAACUGUUCAAGCCGUCAGACAGGUUGAUGUCCCUCUGCCACGCACAAAGUCCCCAAGCACCCAACGCUAUUCCCGCCCAUCUUGGCCAGGUCGGAUCCGAGACGCCGGGUCCUCCAGGCUACUACGACGGGCGCCCGGUAGUCAUGGUCGUGCAACCAGCCAUCGAAACUAUCGAAGUCGGCGGAGGCCGCGAAGACGAUCCCAACAAGCCUCGCAAGAUCGCCAAGGUUUGGCUCAAAGCUCGCGUGCUCGUGGCGACAUCAUCCCAGGAACAACAAGUUUCCAAGACGCAAAUUAUCACCAAUGUGACUGUCACACCGCCAUCCGAACCUCAGGCAAAGACGCCACCAGAAAUGGCGGAGAGGACGUUGUUAAUCGGACCUGUGCCUAGGUCGGCAGUGAGAUCGUCGCCCAAGAGAGUGCCGGAUGGACAACAAGGGCAAUUUCCAACUCAGGUGGCGUCGUACUAUACUGCCAGCUUGGGGCAUCCGAUGGAUUCGCAUUCGGCUCCAUUGGAAAAGGUGGGCAUAGCUCCGCAGCAGGAAACAGGGCUCAUGACGUCGUGAUUGUGCUGCACCCGGAUAUCGUGUGAUUCUACUUCAGUUUUGCAUGGUUUUUUUUCCCCCCCUUUCAACCUCGACCGCUGUCUACAUUGUCUACCUCUAGUAACGGAAAACGAGGCGUAUAAAAUGGCCAAAGCGCAUGGACUCAUUACCUACACUGUCCAAGGAGUUUUCUUGUCUCUUAUCAUUCUUCUAUUUGCGUGGCGUUCUUUUUCUCAGGCAUAUUUUUCUUCUUUCCAUAUAACCGAUUGGCGGAUGGGCCGGUGAUGUUGGACAAAAUGUUUAAGAAAGAGUAGUAGCGUCACAUCAGAUUACGCG